AUGGGCCGACAGCAGUUCAACGAUGCUUCUGUCGCCGACCGCAUUCUGACGGAGCGGGCGCGCUUCAUUUCUAGCAUCAAGGACCGCGACGUCCUGCGCCUGGCGUCGUCGCAGCACCCGUCGAAGCAGCCUUGCACUUUUUUCCGGCCGGCGAUCCAUGGGAGUUACAAUGUCUGCUACUUUGUCGCGUUUGUGACGGGUGAGAGGUGGACGGUCCGAAUUCCGAUACGGCCGUGUCUCAGCGACGGCGGCCGUUCCAAGCUGGCUUCGGAAGUGACUACGAUGAAAUUUGUGGAAGUACAUACGGAUAUCCCGCUACCGCAUAUCCAGGAUCAUAGUGUAGACGGCGCAGACGGCCCUCUGUCAAGAUACCUAAUCCUGGACUAUGCCGAGGGUACCCAACUAAGUUCGAUCAAUAUUCAAUUGCUGGAUAAGGAGAAAAAGAAGCAAUUAUACUCAUCACUGGCGAGGAUAUUUCUUCAACUUCGAAGACUCACCUUUCCGUCCUUUGGCAGACUGUAUCGCACUGACGGCGACGAGCUCCGUGUUUCCAACGACAUCACCACCAAGGACAUUAACAUACAGGAAAUAGAGGGGCUUGAUCCUCGGAGUUUACAACAGCAGUUCUACGGUGAGCUCGAAUCUCUGCCAACGGCCUCGAAUUACACGGAGACGCUCAUCCGCACUGCGUAUAAUGGCUUCUUCAAAGGCACCGACAGCGUCGAUCCUGACAUGAUUGACAGCAGCUUGUACCACCUGGACCUCUUCCGACAGCACGCCGCAUUCUGGCUUGAUCCCAAAAUCUCGCCUGUGCAGUUUGUUCUCAGCCACGGCAACUUGACCCCGGACAACAUUCUGGUUGAUGAAGGCACAAUGGCCAUCACGGCGGUGCUGGACUGGGGCUGGAGCCGGGUGGUGCCGUUGCAGUACUUUACCCCUCCACUAUGGCUUAAACACGCCGACAUUGCCAACCUCGCCUGGAAGCACGCCUACGACGGCUACAUCUCGCAGGACCUGGGCGCCUUUCUGUCCGUCGUGCGCGCCGAGGAGCGCAGGCUGCACAAGAGCAGCAUGCUCGCCGACCAGUGGGAGCGCACCAAGCACGACGGCGGGUUCCUCAUUGCCCACGCGCUGGAGCACUGGCGCGACAUGGACGCCGUCGCCUUUCGCUACCUCAACGCGCGCUACUACGGCGGCACAUCGGACUUGGACGGCCGCGUGGCACGUUUUCUGCAAGAUGACCCGCUGCGCGGACUCGUCAUUGACAUGAAGGAGCGGCAGGCUAGAGGCGAAGCGGCGUACGAGGUGGAGCGUCAGACGAGGGCGCCGGAUGGAAGCAGGAUCGCGAGCAGGUUGUGGCCGGGCACGUCGGCGCUGCAGGGCAGCAUGAUGCUCCUCACUACGGGCGUGGGGUAUGGGCUGUGGAGGUUGGCGUUGGCAUCGGCACGGCGGCCGCCAAGAAUAUAA